CUGUAUUUGACCUCUCAGUUUGCAGUUCAGUGUUAGGAUUAUAGAGCUUAUUGUAUAUAAGGUCAGGGUCACCAGUUGGAAUUCAUAAUCACUUCUUGCAUAGAACAGUGAACACAUCUACAUGUACAAGUACAAGAAAAUCUAAAAUUGAAUUUUGAAGUGCUGAUUCUAAACUGAGGCAAUUGAAUAAUUAGGAGUUAAAACUACGCCAAGAGCUAAAUAGACACUAUUGGAGCUGAAAUAUUUGACUCUGAAAAAGGACUAACAGGAUUUAAAAAAUUGACACUAAAUUGGAUCAUCAUGAAUAGCGUCCUGAGUAACAUGCCAAACUACAGCAGCCCAGCACUGCAGCAUCAAGCCAGUGAGUAUGGCAGAACGUCGAUGCCUCAUAUGCAGAUCUCCCGAUCUAACUUCUCUGUGAAUGACUUACUGGGAAUGACACAAGGAGAACCGCAAGUUCCAUCACCAGGGGAGACAUCACCUUAUAGUAUCCAGAGCUCUGAUAGUGGCACGAGCCUUGAUGAUAGGAAUCCAAGGUACGAUAUACCAACAAGUUCAAUACAAGACUCUCGCUCCAUACCAGAUGCUAGGCCUAUACAACAUGACACAAGGCCCAUACAUCAUGAUGCUAGGCCAAUACAGCAAGAUGCUAGACCUCUACAGCAGGAUACUAGCCCUAUACAACAACACCCCAGGGCAAUUCUGCAAGAUUCUCGAGCCAACCAACAAGACUCGAGGGCUAACGAGCAAGCCACAAGAGCUCACCAGGAAUCAUAUGGGCCAACAGAUUACACUGGACCAUAUCAUAACUUUAAUCCAAAUUAUAGCGCUGCAUCGUAUGCAAACCUGACUACUUCACAAGCACAAGGUCUGUCUACUCAAGCUAAUGCUACAGCUGCUCAAGCCCUAGCUGCCCAUCAAGCUGCAGCACAAUCUCAAGCUGCAGCACAAUCUCAAGCUGCAGCACAAUCUCAAGCUGCAGCACAAUCUCAAGCAGGUCAGUCUGAAAGCUUCAGCACUCCCGUGCCGGCUCAUAGCCACUACCCCACAUACGCACAUAGCCAGUCUUCAGGUUCUCCAGAUAGUGAGACCGAUGGUGCCUGGAUGAGACCUGAACAUAUCCAACCAUGGAUGCAACAGGGAUAUGUUAAACCUGAGCCUGGUAGCUAUGCAGGGUCUUACUACGCCGCUGCAUACCCUGGAACUCCCAUGUACCCCUGGCAUUAUAAUCCUGCAGCAUACCCAACUGAUGGUAAAACAACCCCGGAGGGUUAUCCAGCAGAUAGCACUAGCCCACCAAAUGAUGAGAUUCUAAACUAUGAAACUGAGAAGAAAGAUGUAACAAGGAAAGCGAAGAAACCGAGAAGACGCCACCGUACCAAUUACACCGAUUUCCAGACACAGGAACUUGAGAAGUUAUUCAAAGAGGCCCACUACCCUGAUGUUUACAUGAGAGAAAUGGCCGCCAUGAAGACCGGGAUUGCCGAGGAUCGUAUUCAGGUAUGGUUCCAGAACAAGCGUGCCAAGUGGAGGAAAACGACAAAAUCUUGGGGUCAAGGUCAGACCUCUAUCAUGGCUCAGUACGGUCUCUAUGGAGCAAUGGUACGUCACUCGCUACCCAUUCCAGAAACUAUCAAGAAAGACAUUCAAUCUAAAUCCAGCCCGGAUGAAACAUCUGCCCCGUGGUUGGUCGGCAUGCAUAAGCGUGCACAGGAAGUGAAAAAGGGCGAAAACGAAGGUAAAGAGAAUAUUAACACAGGCGCCGACUCUCAACAACAUGUACAAUGGAUGACCAAUAAUAAUCAGGGUAAAGAGAACAUGAUCAUGACCCCUGAAUCGCACCACGAUCAUGUCAGUGACAUAAGUGAUGAAUCCCAUUCGGAUAACUCUCUAGUUGUCAACACCAAUCACCCAAUGAAGUUGGAACCACAAUAGACAGUUUUCUAAUAGUAACACACAUCCUAUACCUGAUGACCAAUUUACAUAAAAAUUACAUUCAUCUGUUCAUAAAAAUUGCUCACAGUGUGUCAAGCCAAAAUCUAUUGACAAAGAAAUCUCAGAAUUUUCAAAUCUUCAAUUUACGUUUGAGUAACAUCUUUUGUACAAUUUGAAAAUUCAAAGUUAAGUUGUAUUUUCGAUGCAUUAAAAAACUGAACAGAAGUUGUGAUAUUUACUCAUUAGUUCUGAUAUUCUGUAAGUAAAAUGUAAAUAGGUUUUUUAAGUAAGACGCCAAUCAAAAUGAUUAAUGGUAUGUGUUAUAUCAUUAUGCUGUAAAUAGAAUUUAAAGCCAAGAGGUCGCAACGACCUAUAGUUUAUAACAGGUAACUAGGACUAUCACCUUAAGCAUCAGAAAGAUUGUGUUUCGUGAUAGCAUAAGAUAUUAAGAGAAGGAUAAUGGCCAUGUUAAAAGAAUUUGGAACAUCUUAUUGCUCUUAAAGCAGAUUUUAUGUCAGUGUCCCUGCAGUUAAUAUCCUAUUUUCCCCAUUGUAUUAUUUAUAUGGCGGUAUAUUUAUGGAGAUUUUUAGCAGAUUUCUAAUUAAAACUACAAUCAUCAAGUGCAUAUUUAUGAGACAUGUAUUAUGUAGUAACCUUUGUUCUGAUAUCAGUGUCAUCUAUAUGUCAUUUAAUUAAUUUCUUGAAUAUUGAGUUAUGUAGUUGAUUUUCAGGAUGUUUCUACUUGUGAUUAUUUGUUUUGUGACGCGUGACAACAAUUUAUAUUAAAGUGCAAUUUUGUUCUUUCGUGAUGUAACUUAUUUAGUAACGGAAGUUCAACUUUAACAAUGUUUCAAUGUGGAAUUCGUUUUUGUGACAUGUACUAAUCAUUCAGUUAUUGUUGUUUCGUAAUCUGACUUAUUUAGUAUCAGAAGUUUAUAUUUAAAGAUAUUAAAAAUGCAGUUGAUUGUUUUGUGACAUGUAAUAAUCAUUGAUGUUCGAGUGCAAUUUUUGCAGUUUCGCAAUGUACGUAAUAAUUGUUAGAAGUUGAUCUUUAAAGAUGUUAGAAGCGCAAUUAAUUGUAAUUAACUUGUAAUAUUUAUUUUCAUUAUAUUCUUUUCUUCCAGUGCAAUCUUGCUGUUCUUAAAUGAUCUCACAUUUAGUGUACCGGUGAUUGAUCUUUAUAAGUAUAGCUUAACAUACAACCUUUUUGUACAGUGUAUAUAUUGUUUUACAUCACCAUUAGUUUAUAAUUAGUAAGUUAGUAAUAAUAAUUUUUAAGAAAAACAUCUAUGUUGUUCGUUUAAGUAUUAUUCAAGUAUUGAUGAAUUAAAAUUUCUUUCGUUUUAAAUGAGAAGCUUGACUGAUCGCAGUACAUGAAUAUUUAUGAACAAAAAUCUCUUUCAUUUCAAAUAAGAAGCUUGACUGAUCCCAGCCGAUAAAAUUCUGCACCAUAGUUAAACUCCCGAAUUUCCCUGAGAAAAUUAUUCAAAAUAUAAAGUCCAAUUAAAGCGAUUCCAUUUUCUGGAUUCUGGAGAUGUUUAACGUGGAUUUCAACUCACUGAAAUGUUAGUUAAAAACAGGCUGAUGUUGGUUAAACCCGAAUUACACUACAUGAAUUUAACAUUAAAACUUCAAUAAGUGUAUCUUGUUUACAACCAAAAUUUCAAUUUCUAAAUCUCAACUAGUCAUUGUUUACAUAUAAUUUUUGAAUAACUCAUAGGGCCAAAACUUCUUGACAUAUUCAAAAGCCUUAAAUUAUUUUCAAAAACAGCUACAUAGGGUCUAUCUAUCUCAGAGAUCAGUAAUUGCAUACAUAUACUUGUUUGAUGCACCCCAACCAUUCCACUUUAGCUAUACCACCUCCAUUUAGAAACUCUAAAACAAUGGUUUGUUUUAAAAUUGCAUAAACUGUUACAUUUUAUAAAAUUCAUAAGUAUAAAGAAUAUUCAUCUUAUUAUCUUGUUAGACUAAUAUGUCAUGUUUUGAUACAAUUGUCAAUAAAAGAAAUAUAUAUCUGCAUAUUUAUGUCACCAUCAGGAAGUUGUAACAUAUUGUUAUAGCCCAUUAUUUUUUGUGAUGGGUCUUGGCAUGGUUUACUUUUACUGUGCCAUGAUAACCUAAAAUGUUAAUGUGUCUUAUCCAUGAUAACCCAUAAUGUUAAUGUGUCUUAUGUUUUAUUGUGUCUUAUUCAUGUUAACCUAUAAUGUUAAUGUGUCUUAUCCAUGAUGACCCAUUAUGUUAAUGUGUCUUAUCCAUGUUAACCAAUAAUGUUAAUAUGUCUUAUCCAUAAUGACCUAUAACAAUGUAACCUAAUGUGUCUUGUUUAUGUCAUUUAAUAUGUCAUGUUAAUGUGUCUUAUCCAUGUUGACCUAUAAUGUUAAUGUGUCUAAUAUCUUAUCUAUAUUGACCUAUAAUGUUAAUGUGUCUUAUCCAUGUUGACCUAUAAUGUUAAUGUGUCUUAUCUAUGUCGACCCAUAAUGUUAAUGUGUCUUAUCCAUGUUAACCUAUAAUGUUAAUGUGUCUAAUAUCUUAUCUAUAUUGACCUAUAAUGUUAAUGUGUCUUAUCCAUGUUGACCUAUAAUGUUAAUGUGUCUUAUCUAUGUUGACCCAUAAUGUUAAUGUGUCUUAUCUAUGUCGACCCAUAAUGUUAAUGUGUCUUAUCCAUGUUAACCUAUAAUGUUAAUGUGUCUUAUCCAUAAUGACCUAUAACAAUGUAAAUUAAUGUGUCUUGUUUAUGUCAUUUCUAAAAUACAUCCUGUCUAAAAAACGAUGCCAUAAUAACCUAAAUUAUUUUACUUUUUUUAUGAACAAUUAUUUGACGCCUCUUCAUAAUCCCUGCUUGAAAUCUUUAAUCUUUUAAUG